AUGAUCCCUUUAACUAACAAUGAAGUGGAGUACGAAGAUUUGAUUGCAGGGCUCGAAUUGGCCAUGGCACUUGACUAUGAGGUCAUUGAAAUCAAAUGUGAUUCGCAAUUAGUGGUAAAUCAGGUCUACGGGAUCUUUGAAACCAAAGAGGAACGUCCUUAUCAUAAGAUCGGAGAACGUGAAGUGGUCGACUUCCUGUGGGAAAAUAUAAUUUGCAGGUUCGGAAUACUAAAAGAGAUAGCAUACGAUAAUGGGCCGCAGUUUAUCGGUGCAAAAAUUACAAAGUUCCUUGAAGAUUUGAAGAUAAAGAGGAUCGCCUCUUCACCUUAUCAUCCGUGCGCGAACGGUCAAGCGGAGUCAAGAAACAAAGUGAUUAUCCAAAACCUCAAGAAAAGGUUGGAAGCGCCAAAAGGCAAUUGGCCCGAAGAAUUACUCAGAUUUCUGUGGGUCUGCCGUACAACGGCCAAGUCAAGCACAGGAGAGACUCCUUUUUCCCUUAUGUAUGGCGCAGAAGCUCUAAUCCCGAUGGAAGUAGGGGAACCCACCUUGAGAUAUUUUCAGGCGGAUGAAGAAUCGAACAACGAAGCAAUGUUAAUCAACUUGGAGCUGCUCGAGGAACGCAGGGACUUGGCGUGUGUAAGAAUGGCGGCUCAAAAGCAGAGAAUAGAGCGAUAUUAUAAUAGGAGAUCCAAUUUCCAUUAUUUCAAAGUAGGAGAUUUGUUAUGA